AUGAACAGAAUACUUAAUAUAUACCUUUCGAAUUACAUAAAUGCCCACAAAGUUCGAAGAGUCAAACUACUUGUAAACAAACAAAACCAAACAUUUAAUACCUCUUUGACCCAUGCAUCCAUAAAUACAUAUGUAUACCAGUUUAUAUGCAGGUAUACAUGGUGUGAGAUGCAAACGAAUGUUCAGGAAACUAAAAGGUUAAGACAUUACACUAACAAACAAAAAAUUCUUUUGGUCGGAGAAGGAGACUUCUCCUUUUCUCUGUCUCUAGCUAGAGCCUUUGGUUCUGCAUCUAACCUCACCGCAACCUCUCUCGAUACUCAAGGGGAGCUAGAGCAGAAGUUUAAGAAUGGGAAGGCGAAUGUAGAAGAGCUGGAAAGACUCGGGUGCAGCGUGGUCUAUGGAGUUAACGUGCACUCCAUGAUCACAAAACCUAGCGUUGGUGGUUCUGCGAUAUAUGACAGAGUCAUCUUCAAUUUUCCUACGCAUGAGCUUGUACGAGGGUUUAUGAAGAGUGCAAGAGUGUUGGUGAAAGAUGAAGACAAGGGAGGAGAGAUUCAUGUGAUUCAUAAGACAGAAUAUCCAUUUAGCGAGUGGAAGCUCAAGACUUUGGGUGAGAAAGAAGGUUUAGAUUUGAUCCGUGAGGUCGAGUUUUGCUUAAGUCAUUAUCCUGGUUAUUUCAACAAGAGAGGAAGUGGAGGUUAUAGUGACUCUAGCUUCCCUGUUGGGAAAUCUUCUACUUUCAUGUUUACGAAACAGUUCUUUUAUUAA